AGGAGGCUGAUCUCCGUCAGAAGAGCUCCAGAGUCUGUUGUGUGCAGAACACCGGUACAACCCGGUCUUCCUCUGCUAAGGUAGAGAUGGAAUCGUGUCAUUCUGCUCUCUCCUACCCGGGCUCCGUACUAGCCCCUGCCCUGAAGGCAGGUCCAGUGCUGCCCUCUAGUGGCGCCCGGACGACUGUUGUGCUAACGCCCUUUAACCCUCCUGUGUACUCCACCCUGGGACACCUCAUCACAAUUAUUGAGGAACUUCGAAAACGCCAGGUUAAGUACACUUAUGGGGCGGAUGGAGAGGAUGUUGCCAAAAAUGCCCUGAAGAAACUGUUGUUCGAUUGUGAUAAGCACAUCGACAAAAUGGCUACCUCUCCUAAAAGCACAAGCGGGACCAAUACUCUCUAUCCCAAUCCAAUGAUUGAGGAGUUAGAGAGUGAAAUGAAGAAGUUACAACAGACUAACGACGCUAACCUACAGGACAUGGCUGACCAGCUAAAGAAGACCAAAGCGUUGGAGCAGAAACUGAAGCCUUCUCAAGAGAAAAAUCGAAAAUUCCUCGAGAAAAACAUGGAGCUGACCAUGCAGAAUAGAAGCUUGAAAGACCAGAUUCAGGUUCUGAACGAUGAAAGCAAAAAAAUCAAGGAACAAUGUGAAAAUUCCAAAAAGCGAGUGAAGUCCCUGUCCCUGCAACUAAGUCACGAGAAAUUGGAGAGAGGGACAGCUGAAAUCAAAGCACAAGAGUUGGAUCGAUGUAAAAUACAGAUCACAGAACUCACAAAGACAGUCACUGCUCUCAGGCAGACCUGCAUAGAAAAGGACCGACGUAUAGAGCUGAUACAACACAGGAAGAGAAGGAAACGGUGGAUGAGGACUCAAGCUGUGGACAAGAGUCCCGGUGUCAAGGAGACAUUCUUUGGGUAUGACGAGGACGAUACGUCUGUUGCCUCUGUCGACUCGGAGACGUCGUAUUCCUCUAUGUCCCAUGGCACGCUGUCGGACGAGGAUUUGUGUGAUGAGUUGUCGCGGGAAGAGAUCGAGGGUCAGUAUCAACAGCUGAUGAAGGAACACUUGGAACUACAGAGGUUGCACUCCCUUCUCCAAUCACAGACCGGCAGCCAUCUUGAUCCACAAAGGGAGAACAAGUUACGGACCCAGCUGCAGUCUGAUCUGUUCGCGGCCCAGUGUAAGAUUGAAGAGUUACAGGCCUUACUGCGACAACAGGAUGAGGAGAUUCACAGUAACAGGAAUGAGAAUAAAGAACUGCUGACCAAACACAAGAGCUUGGAGCAAAGGAAUAUACACCUGGAAAAAGCUCAUAGCCGACUGGAGUUAGAAGUGUCCGAAGCACGCGAGGUUGCAGAAAAUCUUGAGUUUCGCAUUGUAGAGCUAGAAUCACAGGAGACUGGGGACCAUAGGGAUGAGGUGUACCAUGUACUGGAGACUAUCCCUGAGGACCCUGCCGAGAUGAUGGACCAAAGGGAUGGGGCACUGGCCCCUCCCUACAGCAGGGAUGGGGCCGAGAGUCCAGAAGUCAUGGGUCAAAGGCUACAGGAACAGGAAGUACAUAUCAAGACUUUAGAGCAGACAGCCAGCGAACUCCAGAAGAAGAUCAGCUCCCUACAACAGGAGAAGUCUCGUCUGGAAGACAAGAUCUAUGAUGGCCCGAACAAGCUGAGCCUCGAGGAACGGGAGGCUCAGGAAGUGCUCAAUGUCAAGGAUUCAGUCACACAAAACAUGGGAUGCGGGGAACUAACAAAUGGUAACCAUGGUAACCAAACAAAUGGAUCAGUUUGUGAUCUUGACAACCAAACAGACAGUAACCAUAACAACCAACCAUUCAGUAACCAACAGGUCACAAAAUGUAGCAGCCAACAAACUGUUAUUGACCAGAAAACCACGACGGUAACAGGGGAGGAAACUCCCUGUAGAAACACAAACAGAACAUGUACAAGUAGCAUCACUCAGACAGAUGAGGAGGAGAAGCAAGGUGUUGGUGGUGUGGACAGUCAGGCAGACAACCAGAUGUUUGAACAGAAGUGUAUACAGACAGAUUCGGUGGAAAAACGAGACGUUGAGAUGAUGACUAUACCGAUCAAACAGGAGAGUAAAUCACCAAGUCCUGGCCGGCGGUCACCGUCACCUGACCAUCAGCAACAUCAACCUCCCGUAGAACUGACCAACUUCAACAGCCAUAUCAUCCAGCUGGAGCAGGACCUAGCCAAACUCCAGGACCAGAACGUCACACUUCGCAGCCUCCUUCAGGACAGCAGUAGUCUGGACAGCAGCCUCUUACAGGAGGACCAGGACCACAACACCACCGAAACCAUGGAGACCAGGGUGGCGGAACUGCUGGUGAUAUUUGAGGCUCUACAAGAGCGUAUCUACUGCUACGAGACCACAGAGCGACAAUUGAAAGACAAACUAAAGCUGAUGGAGAGGAAUGUCAACGAAUUGGAGGUCAGUGAGGGGUCGACUCGGGACCAACUGGAGGAGGCUAACAGGUGUGAGUACGAGGUCAGGAGGUCACUCUCUGCUGCCCAUCUCAAGGUCAAGGAGCUCAAGGAGAUUAUACUGGACAAAGACUCCAUGGAAACCAGUCUCGCUGAAAAGGUCCAGUUCCUGGAGAAGGCGGAGGUCAUAUCUUCACAGAAAAUCACGGAGCUGGAACAGCGUAACCAGAGCCUACAGCAACGCCUUGACCUUAAGGAGGAGCUCGAGUCGGACCUUCUCUUGGUCGAAACUCUCAAAGAGAGGCUGCAAGAAACACAGUCGGAAAACGAUGAACUUAGCAUUAAACUUUCUGAAAUGGAGGAAAGUGAGGAAACUUUAAAAAUCAAUUGGAUGAAAGUAGCUGAAAAUGACUCUAACAGAAUUCAAAGCUUGGAGGAAAAAGUGAAAGUUCUGGAAAAUAGUACGCGAGAGUUAAAAUCAAGGUUACGGGAACAACAGGACAGGUCUCCAAUGCCCACAAGUUCUGAAGGGCCAUCACUAGCGAUGGAAUUAAACCAGAGUGAGGCUAGUGAAAUUACCUCGACCAAUGAAACAGACUCUUCACUACUGUUUAGGAUUUCCUCUCUCGAGGAGGAACUACAAACCAUGCAGGAAUCCAAAAACGCCAAAAUUGAAACAUUGCAGGAAAAAAUCUGUCAUUUGAAAGAAAAUGAAAUCAAGCUUAGUGAAACUUUGAGUGAAAUGGAACAGGAGGAAAGAGAUCUUCGAUCUCGUCUCAAGAUGUAUGAAAGUCGGAGUGGUGCAAAAUCAAAUGAUUUGUAUGUACAUAAAAUCAAAGAGUUGAGCCGUUCACAGCAUAAUCUGUUGGAUCGUCUUGAUUCGAUGGAGGACCAUGAGGAAGAUUUAAAAAUACGUAUGCAAGAGACAGAAAGCUCCUUAAGGCAGAAAAUUGAUCAGUAUGAACGAGAAAUUGCUCAAUAUAUUGAACAAGAAGAAGAAAUGUUGUGUCGUAUUCAGGAAAUAGAAAAACAGGAUAGUGAACUCAUGGAGAAGUGUGAACGGUACGAGGCAGAAAAAUUAGAACUUGAGGCAGAGAUUGAAACUCUGAACAACCAGAUGGAUUCUUAUUGUGAACAUGAACAAGAAUUCAUAAAAGCAGGGGAAACAUUGAACCAAGAAAACGAGAAAUUAGGUCAAGAUGUCAGAGAUUCCAAAGAUAAAACUGAACAAUUUGAGCGACAAAUUGCUCAGAUGACGCUUGAAAAAGAUGCUCUUAGUACAAAGGUCAAGGACAUAUCAACAGAAUUAAAACAGGUCAAAGGUCAAUGUAGUGAGUUGACUCAGAAACAGGAAUGGUACAGUAAGGAGCUAGGCCAGGUUCGUACGGAAAAUGAUGAACUUAUUGAGAAGUUAGAGACCAUAGGGGCGGAACUCGAUCAAGUUAGGUCUGAAAAUGACGAUUUGAAUGAGCGUCUCAUAGAAUUGGAUUCUUCUGAACAGGAGUGCUUAGAAAAAAUCAGAAACAUUGAAAUCAAAAACGCAAACAUUCAACAUUUAGAGAAGAAGGUAGAUGUUUUGGAGGAGGCUGAGUAUAAGCUGAUGGACAGAGUGACAGAACUGGAGGAAAUCGAACAAGGCUUAAGAUCUAGAUUAGAUGUUGUAAAUAUUGAUAAAAGCACAGAAACAACAGAGAUUUACCUCCCUUUGUCGGAAAGUCCCAUGGCCCAGGAUGAAGUGACACGGAUUGAAGCUAAACAUGUAGAGACAAAUGAUCAGACGACGGACACCAGUGACCUUGGCGACAAUUCCCAAGGAGGCAAGGUCACAGGUCUGUUCCAAAGGUUACAGGAACUGGAAAGUGAAAAUCAAAGUUUGUCUGAAAAGCUUGUUUCUCUAACAGCAACUGAUGCACAAGUGAGACAACUGUCUGAGAAAGUUAAACUUCUGGAGAAUGCGGAAGAUCGGUUAAUGGACCGUGUGAUGGAACUAGAGGAGAUUGAAGACAGAAUGAAACGCCAAAUUGCGAAAGCCAGUAAAUCUGCAGAAACUAUUGUAGAACCUUCAGAGACCGAAGUUGUGGAGGAAGCACCAAUAAAAAAUGAGACUAAAAAUAGACUUUCUAAAACAGAAGAAGCGAGCCCAGAUCGCGAUGAAUUCGUGGAUGCUUUGGAGGAACCAGAGGAUAGUCUAAUGAAACGCCAGCUUGCCAAGGCUAAAAAGUCUGCAGACUCCAUUCCUGAUUUUGAGUCUGAUAUGGAUUCUAUUGAGGAUGCUGAUGAGAGCUUGAGAGAAAAAAUUAACAAAAUGUACCUGGAGAAAGAAAACAUAGCAGGACAGAUGAGCAACAUACAAAAACUUCUGGCUCAGACCAAGGACAGACUUGCUGUCUGUGAAGGAGAAAUGGCGGAAGAAAAGAAAAAACUAAGUGUCUCUGAAAAAUGUCUCGGGGAAGAAAAACUAAAGUUGUCUUCAAGUGAAAAGCUACUUUCGCAAUGUCAACAAGAACUGAAAGAGUGUAAAAAAUGUCUCGCUUCAAAAACAGACAAAAUGUCUUCUCUAAAAAUAUCGGAGGAGAAACUGUUAAGAACUGUGGAAAUAGAGCAAAUUCGAUCAAGGGAGCUUGAAAAGGAAUUAAUAUCUACGCAAGAAAAACUAAAGGAUGUUCAAACGGACUAUGAGUCUAAAAUCUCACAGUUAACAGACCAAGUGGAUCAGAUGGUUGAUCAGGAAAAACAGUUAAAACAGGAAGCCAACGAUUUGUUAAAAGGGAAAGAAAUACUGCUAGAACGCAUCGACGAACUUCAGCAAUUACAAAAUCAGACUCAGGAACAACUGAAAUCUAGUCAGAAAGCUAUGCAAUAUAAUAAUCAAAAUGUGUUACAUUCAGCCAAUCAUGUCUCCAACUCUAGUCAUGUGACCACUUAUAGUUCUAAGGAUGACAAUGUGGACUUCAAAACAAGGCAUGUUGAAUCCGAAGCAAAAGUAUUAAUGUUAAUGGAAAAAUGUCAGGAACUUGAAAUGAAAUAUCAGGAAAAAUGUGGUGUAGAAACAAAACAUGUCGAAAAAAUUCACGAAUUAGAGCGACUGUGUGAUAGUGUGGAUUGUGGUAGUUCUAAACGGAGUAGUGUUCACUGUGUUACUGACUUGUCGCCUCACGACAGUGGAUUCGUGACUGAAAGUGAGGCUGGAGGUCACGACCUUGUAUAUCAGAUAUCACAAGAGCAAAUAAAUGCAUUCCAUGCUGUUAUCAAGGCGACCAUCCAGGACCUGGAGACUGCCGCGUCAGACAGCGUCGACCAAACAUUCCCCACGACGUCUAGUCCAAUGUCCAAAGAAACCGGUCCAUUCCAGAGUACGCUAGCCAGGCUGUCUCAGUGUAAAUCGUGCAUGCUGGAGAGGCUUGUAAGCUACAACAAACUCAGAUCUUCACAGAGAGCCAGUGGCACAGGAUCUGAUGUAGGCCUCCGCCACCAGGUCAGCACUCUCAUGUCAUCAGAGAAACAACUCCAACAACAAAUACAACAACUACAGCAGGCUAAACUUCUACUUGAAUGCAAGGUCAAGGAUGCAGUUUCAGAAAGAGGCUCCAAUAAGGAGGAUCUUAGUUCUCGCCUCUUCUCCAAACCUGAUCAUGUGACCUCGUCAGAUGAGCGAGAACUUGGGAGCAGAGAGGUUCUGCUCGGGAGGAUUAAUGAUUUGGAGCAGAGUGAGAGACAUUUAAAGGAGAAGCUAGCGGUCAUUACUGGUGUUUCCUUGACAACAGCCACCAUGUUGGAUCAGCCAGAAGACAUCCUGAGACAGAGGAUUGGGGAGCUGGAGAGACUGGAGAAACACCUCAAGCAACAGGUGCUGGACAUGGAACAAGACCGAGAAGAGCUUCAUGAGAUUGCCAGGAAGGACAAAAACCUCAUCCACGACCAAAAUGUCAAAGUGCGAGAGUUACAGCUCUCGGAGAAAAUUUUGAAAGAGCAGGUGAACCAAUUUGAAGCCUCUGAGCGAAGCUUAUACAACAAGGUGGAGGAGCUGGAGGACCAGAUCUCACGUCUAGAGGACAGGAUCUCCGAGCUCCAGAUAAUGGAGAUGAGGCUGAAGGAGCUGGUCAGGAAGUACAAGUUAGACGAGGAAGUCUGGCUCAACAAGUCGGAGAACCUUGAGUGUUCCAUGACGGAGCUGAGUGUGUCAGAGGCAAAGAUGAAAAAACAUGUUCAGAGUUUGGAAUCGGAGCGAAAUGGACUCGCAGAGAAAACAGAAUAUUUACACUUGAGGUUGAAAGAGGUAGAGAAUGCCGAGGCCAACUUGAUGCAGAGGAUGAAGGACCAAGAAAAUAAAGAGAUAAGUCUUAAUAACAAACUGAUGGAGCUUCAAACGCAAGGCUCCUCCACCGACCAACAAAACUCAGAAUUACAAAUGGUGAAUGUUGAUCUGACGCAAAACUUUAAUCACGUUGUUCAGGAAAACGGUGCGCUCACUCAUCACAUUGUUCAGUUACAGAACCAGGUUCAGGUUUUAGAACAACAGGCAAUCACUCUGAAGGACACUGAACUCCGACUUAAACAGGAAGUUGCAAGUCUGGAGAAAAGUGAAAAAGAAUUUCAGAAAAAGGUGAAGGAUCUUCAAUUGAAGGAGGUUGAUUUGCAAGGUCAGUUUCGACAAAUGGAGGAAGGGGAGAUAAUUAUGAAGGAUAAACUCAGCAAGCUCCAACGUAGUGAGAAUAAGUUGAAGUACAGAAUUCAGGAGUUGGAGAACUCGGGCACACAGUUACCACUGGAAGUGCCGAGCUCCCUCAAAGACAAGGUUCCCAGGAGGUUGGAGGACUGUCAGCGACGUCUGAUUAUCCUCCAGAACCAAAACGAGAAACUCAAAUCUCGUGUACUCGAUUAUCAAAACCUUUCGACGUCCAAAUCGGCAGUGAAGCUCCCCAUAGCGGAGUAUCAGGAGUUACAAACAAAGGUGGCGCUGCUAGAGCAGACGGAGCUCCACCUGGACGAGAUGGAGCAAACGAAUGCCCAGCUGUUGGAGAAUGUCAAACGGAUGCAGGAGGGACAGGACGUAAGUAGUCCUGAACUCGACGCCAUCCAGAGACGUUUGGCUCAGUCAACCAAGACCAUCAAGAUGUUGCGGCAAAACAUGCACAGUGUACAGUGGAAAGGCAUGGGGCCAGUCACACAUAAUGGUAUCUCAGCUGACCAGUCACCUGUCUCUCACAUGGAGGCAACUGGUCACCUAGCAGAGAGAGGAGCAAAGGGUCAAGGUCAGAUGACCAGGUCUGCCAGAGGCGGACACCCUACGCAGUCGCCGGUCCAGAGUGACCGUUAUGACGUCAUGAAUUAUGAUGACAUGUCAGACGCUAGUACCGUAGACGAGGACAGUGUCCAUAAGGUUGAGAAAACCAGUGUUCACAUUCGUCUGACAAAGGAAGGAAGGUUUGUGGUGCUGGGACCACAUGAGGCUGCGCGGGGACAUAGAAAUGUACCCAAUGCACACCUAGUAUCCGACGAUCGACAGCGGAUGAUAGAUGAUUUGGUCAGCCAUCUUGAUUCCGCGGAGAAUCCGUUGGAAGAGGCACAUUGGAAACAGGUUGAAUCCCUGUCACCCAGGGCAACAGGGGUCAACCAACAAGACAAACGGUGGGUCAACGUAGGAAAGGCCACCAGUCUUAACCAAUCAAGUGCCAAAAAAGCGUCCCGCUUAAAUCCGGACGAGGAGCUUGUGUUAGGACUAACGCUCCCGUCUGAAACAGACAGUCAAAAUAUAUAUAGUACACAGAAUGACACAGAUUCCACUAUGGCAAGCCCUUUGAUAAAAAGGAGAAAAUUUCGCCCCACAGAGAGUGUCGACUCUCAGGCCCCGCCACCACUGCCACAAAGCCAGCCGCCAUCUUUGAACUCCACGUUUAACGCUGCCGAUAAUUUCGCUUCUGCUGGAUUUCCUGGACUGGAACAGGAUUUACCGGACGAGAUAAUGUUUGAGCAGGAUUACCACAUGGUGUCUGCUCCACUCCAGACUCCUCAUUCGAUGCUGAGCAUGCCUGACAGUGGGCACGGUACCGUGUCCACACUCAAGAGUCAGGCCCUUCAGGAUAGGAUCACAGAGAUCAGUCAGGCUCUACAGAAAAAGCCAACGACUAGUGAGGUAACCGAUGACGAUGAUGAUGUCAUGAUCUGGAAAGCAAAGACGUCUGAGGCUCUGCGUCAGAUGGAGAAUUACGAUAAGGAAAACCGAUACCUCAAGGAAGAGAUAACAAAGCUAGAAAAAGACUUGGAAAACAAAUGUCGCUACAUCCUAAUCCUGGAGAAGUUCCUUGACAAAAUGUCCGACAUUCUUCAGCUGAAGGAUGCGAGGAACAGUAAAGAGGUCAUCCAGAUCGUAGAGGCCGAGUUGAUCAAAGUCAGGGAGGAGCUUGCUGAUGCCGGACACAAGAAGCUAGAACUGUCACAGGAUGUAGUUGCACUGAAUAUGGAACUCAACAAACGGCAACGGGAACUUAUUGCCAAGAGAAAUGAAGUAGACAGUUUGAUGCGCGAGCUACGACAGUGGCAGGAGGAAUGCCGUACGAUUGAGGACAUGAGAAAAAACGCUCUCGACUCCCUGCAAUGUCUCCAACAGGAGGCUGAGGAAAUGCAGGAGUUGGAAAAGUCUCUAAAGCGUGCCAAAGACGAUAACAACAAGCUGCUGAAACAGUUCUCUCAGAUGAAGCAGACCAAAGAGGAGGCUGUGUUGUCACUUGUACCUCUAAAGUCCAAAGUUCAUCGUCUCUCACAAAAGUGCAAAGAAAAGGAUGAGCUGCUACAGCGACUGGGGGAGGAGCUACGGAAGCUGAAAGGCAUCAGUAAACCUGUUGUCCUCCUAGAACAGCUCCGUCACAUGGAGGCACAGAUGGCUGGAGAGGAGUACAACAAACCAGACUCUGAUGGCGGGGACAUACAGAGGUCGUCUUCAGUGUCCUCAUUUAAUGAUGUGUUAGAUCCGGGUACAUGGAGUGACAUGGAUAUAUCUCCUGGUAAUGUUAACGGGCGACCUAAGUCGGCAGACCAGUACGACCGCCAUCAGAGGCCUAUACCCUCGCAGCAGCUACCUCUAAUACACCGGCCCAACCGGUCGCCAGUACACAGUCUAGAACAGCGAGGCCACAAACAACCUCCCAUGGGUCACAUGCCACACCAAACGGCCUACGUGGCUGUGGCCGACUAUGACCCCCGUUCAUUUUCCAAGAGUGGGCGUCCCCGACUUGAGUUACAGCUCACAGAGGGCGACAUCGUUACCAUCACAGGUCCAUUAGAUAACCACGGGUAUUACGAAGCUGAGGUCAAAGGUCGUGUGGGCCUGGUUCCAGCCAGUCAUGUACAGCCUAAGUCAGGGAUAGAGGAUCUAGGAAAUCUCAAUCCAGGCCCUAACGAACGACGCCAACAACAGCUGCAGAGUACGCCGUCCCACCUGGACCCCAGCCCAGAGAAAGUCCUCAACAUGCACAACCAGUUACAGCAGUCCAACCAACCUCAUAGAUAUCUGCCACCCGAACUGUCUCCACGACAAGGUAUCCGUGUCAAUGGCCACCUGCCGGGGAAUCUGUCCCCGCGAGGUCAGAAGAAUAUCAAAGGUCACCUGUCACCUCAGUUUAAACAAGGUGUCCCAGAACCUCCUACAGAAUUAAAAGCAGAGAAGACCGCAGGUGGCAGAAGUAUACUGCUCUCCUGGACACCGCCUAAACUAAAUGAACUAGCCCAAAGCAACAGAUCACAGGUCAUAGGUUACAAGAUCUACAUGAAUGGAAAGGUCCAGCAGCAGGUCAACAGUCCACACCUGUCCAAGGCCGUAGUGGAUACACCAGACAGCGGUCACUCUAUCCGCCUCGGCAUUCAGACACUCACCACCAAUGGUCCUGUGUCUGUUGUCAAGGAGAUCACCUAUCGCCCUGACAACAGGAAGGAGGAUGUGGAGGGGGAACCUGAGGGCAAGGACCUUGUACGCCACCUAAACAGUACAGACUUCCGUUCAGGCAAGAGGCAUAUGUUUUUGGGAGUGUAUGACUAUAAUCCUGCCCACCAAUCGCCACGAGAGAACUCAAGUUACGAGCUCGCCUUCCAUGCCGGGGAUGUCAUUACAGUGUAUGGCAAAGAACGUCCGGAUGGCUUCUACUAUGGAGAGAUCAAUGGUCGGCGGGGACUGGUGCCCGCCAGUUUUAUGGAGGAGAUUCCAGUGAACAGUGCUGGUGUAAAGUCGCCCAAGUCUCCAAGUGCGUACCGAGGCACGCUAGAGACCAAGCACGCCCACCAGCGGUAACCAGCAUUAACGCCAGCUAUGUCUGGCACACUACGAAGAUAACUGUGAUAUUUACUAUAAAUCAUAUGAAAAUUACGGUGUAACAGCCCUAAGGGCAGCACCUAUAAAAAUUGCAAAAUAUGAAAAAUGAUAAAUAGUUGUGUAAACUUGUAUUUACUACAAUUAUAUAAAAUUUUCGCUGUUACCAUUUGUUAAUGAGUACAAAUGGUACAGGUAUACUGUUAUUAAUCUAGUAAUUGUAUGCAAUAUAUAUCACUGUAGAUGUUAUUUGUGUAAGCAUGAAUAUGUGUUUUUUUUAUAUUCCCCCUACCCCUGCAGCUAUAGUUAAUGUUAUGCAGUACUGUUUUUGUCAAUGCAGUAGAGACUUCCGGGUGCUCACAUGAAAUCGUUAAUGUCAAUCAAAGCCAUUAUCUAGGAACUGUUCUAAAAUUUCAUAAUUUUAUUGUUGUGCUAUGAAAGCUGUUUAAACUGAUCAUGAACUCGCCAGAAUCAAAUGUAUUACCCGAUUCAUAGUUUUGGUAAAUACAGGGUCAGUUGUUUUGACAAAUUAUUAAAGAAGUUUAGAAGAUGGAGGAUUAGAUAUUGCAGCAAUUUUACAUUACUGAAGAUGAUGUAGUUUACAGAUACAUGAAGGUUUGACAGCCUGGUCCUGAUACACAAACAUUUCUAGAGUCUACCUCUAAUCCAGACUUAAGCUCCACUAUGUUAUUUCAGUGAAAAAUCUAGAGGAUGUCGACUCCUAGAGGCCUUUGGACUUUUCCUUUGUAUGCUACUGCUGGAGUUUGAGUAGAGGCAACUCUUGAAAUCUUUGUGGUCACGGAUUUAUAGUACAGUAGAUUACACUUAAUACUGGUAAUAUUAUCCUGAAACACCAUUUUCAUACAAUGUAUGGAAUAUCAGUGGGGGAAACAUAGUAUUCAGCGAAACUUCAGUUUAAAGAGAUUUUAUAGCAGAUGUUGUGUCAAAAUUCAUUCAUCAUUAAUGAACAAAGGUCAAGGUCAUCAUAUGGAUCACAUGGUCAGUGGUUGUUGGGUUAUUGGGAGUGUUGUAUUGGUCAGUUUAUCUACUGUUAACACACUGAGGUUGGAAGUCUUCAGUUAUAAUAGCCAGUAACGUAUGUUAAUCAUUACUCAAGUUUUAAAGACAUGUAAGUUUCAGAAUUAGAGAACCAUUAUUAUUUUUAUAAAACAUUGGAGAAGUAGACACGUCCAUGAUUUUAUCCUCCAAGUGUUGUUAUAUCAUAGUUUUGAUUUGUUACACAGCUUAUCAUGGAUAAAUAAAAUAGAAUUUUCAGCUUUAUGAAAUGUUACUCGAUAAAUGAAUUUGUUAUCCGAACAACAUAAUGUUAAUUGUUUGCCAAGACUUGUAAAUCAAAAGGCAAUAACAGUAUACCCAAUAAGUAGUCCUCUCUCUUGUUAACAUACAUUUUUGUUCUGUUGACUAACAUUGACUUUCGUAUAUUGAAUAUUUAAAAUCAAUUAUCAUUUCGAGUUUCCAUCAACUAUCACAAUUUAUUACAUUAUGAUAUUUAGACCUGGUGAGUUACACAGCAAUAGUAAGAGUGCAAAUAUGUUAAAGUUUCUAUGAUGCAUUAAAAUUUAUCAAGUCCAUCGAAUUAAGAUGUUUCAUUUUCAAAUUCUGCCGUAUAAUUUAUGUUUGUUAUGUAUAUUUUUGUAUAAGUUAUUGACAAAAACUUGUAAUGACACAUUAAAAAAUGUCUUAUAUCUUAAAA